CGCUGGAAUGACGAUCCAUUCGCGAACGGUCACCAGUUCCGAAUGGUCGUGAAAAAAAAUCACUGGAAAAGAGGCUUCGAAUAGUCGAGCGAGUUUCGGAGCAACGAAACAUCGGGAAUAAUUUUUGAGCCUUAAAAACUCGAGUUUUCAGACGAAAGUGACAAAUCAAACGUCAAUUUUAAGCUGAACAGUGAAUUUUUCGUUUUUUUGACAAAUCGAAGAACGAAAAUUUUCGUCAAAGAUUGCAGUGAAAAUUGGAAAAACCAUUGAAACACUUGGCAAGGAGACACAUUUUUUUCGUCUAAUUUUCAAAGGUUGAGAACCGGAAAAAUGGAGAAAUCGUACACAGGACUGCAAGUGUCGAAGCACAACAAGGAGAUCGAUUUGUGGAUGACGAUGGACGGUACAGUGUACAACUUGACAGAAUUUCUGGCCCAGCAUCCCGGAGGUGAGGAAGUUCUACUGAAGCUCGCGGGUCAAGAUGGAACCGCGUGUUUCAACGAGGUCGGUCACAGUUCGGAGGCCAAACAGUUGCGAGAGUCCUUUAGAAUCGGGACUUUGGACGGGGAGCCUUACAUCGCCCCGGAAAAAGAGGUUAAAACGGGAGGUGGAAUCGACGACGACGACUGGGCUUACGAGCCAGCGAAAAAGGAAAAUUCCUUUGUUCCAGUUUUCAUCAUGAUCGGGGCGAUCAUAUACGCUUAUAUUUUCCUUCGUGUUUUAUAAACGCUCGAAUAUUUUCAUCGAAAUAUAUAGUUUACGGGGGCUCUCAGA